CUUGCAGCGCUGCUCGGGUGCGGUCGUUCCGCGCGCUGGUCCGCGUCACACCAUAGUUCCGUGUUAUCACUUGCUACGCAGCGUGCAGUCACUCGCUGCCCAGUGCCUUGCCUUUUGGCUUCCACAGUGACCGUUCCCAUGGAAUCUUAGCGUUAAAGAUAUUAAGCCAGUGGUUAAGCCUUUAUGAAUUAUUAACAGCGACUAUUUAUCGUGCCCAGGAAGGCAGCGACCUUGCCUCGAACACCUGGGACAGGUGCCACGCUGCCCCUGACGACGACUCCUAUGCCCGAGUGACCCUUGGACGGGACCAUCGGAGUUCAGGUUCCCCGCCCCCAGUGUUAGUGACGUGGGCGGCGCGGGCGUGGCACGGGCUGGCCGCCGUAUAAGGAGGCAGGGCAGGCGCCACGCAGCUGCUCUAACAUCAGGAUGCCGGCCAGCGUCUCGAGCGGCGGAGGGUCGAACGGCGCCUCCCCGAACUACGAGAACUACGGCAUUGUGUCGGCACAGUACUACGAGUCGGGUCCGCCGGCGUCCAAGUUGCAGCUCUCCACGGGAGAGGAUGGAGAGAUUUAUGAAACUGUGAAGGAAGAGGAGUGGCUCACCAGGAAGAAGGUGACGACGACCAAAGUCAAGAACAUCGAGACGAGGACGCAGCGGAAGGUCGUCCUCGAGGAUGGCGAGGUCGUGGAGGACUCGGGCCCGAUCGUGACCACGGACUGCAAGGAAGACACCGUCACGAACGAGGUCGUCGCGGAUGAGCACGUGACCCCCGAGGGACAAGAGGGCGGGGCCGACGAUCCUCCGGGCGAAGGCUGGGUGCAGGUGCCCGGGGCGGUGGUGGUGUCGGAGAAGACGGAGCACAUCGUCAACUCGCACCAGGUGGCCGAGAAUCGCAGGGAGGAGGAGGAGGUUACUCACUGCGGUGAUGUCACGAACCAGACGCACAUGAAAUCGUGA